AAUCAAAUCCUUUAAACAAAAAAAUGUCUCUCUUCUUCCUUGUUCCUUCUUUUUGUCUCUUCUGUUAUAGCUGCGAUCGCUGUGUUCACCAAUCCAAAGUUGCUUAUUUUUCCAGUGCUUCUGCUCUUCUCUCGGGUGCGUGUGGUUAUGGAAAUUUAGCAAUAGGCUUCAAUGGAGGUCGACUUGCCGCUGCUGUUCCUAAACUUUACAAUAAUGGUGCUGGAUGUGGUGCUUGUUAUCAGAUAAGAUGUAAGGACCCAAAAAUUUGUUCAAAACAUGGAACAACUGUAAUGGUUACUGAUCUAAAUACGAAUAACCAGACUGAUUUUGUGAUCAGUAGCAGAGCUUUUAUGGCUAUGGCCAUUGAGGGAAAAGCUAAAGACGUUCUCAAAUUGGGAAUCGCCGAUGUUGAAUACAAAAGAGUUCCUUGUGAUUACAAAGGCAAGAAUUUGGCUGUUCGAGUAGAUGAAUCAAGCCAGAAGCCAUAUUACCUAGCAAUUAGCAUCUUCUACCAGGGUGGUCAAACUGAAAUUGUCAGUGUUGAUGUUGCUCAGGUUGGAUCGUCGAACUGGAACUUCUUGACCCGAAACCACGGAGCAAUUUGGGACACAAGCAGAGUGCCAAGUGGGGCAUUGCAAUUUAGGUUUGUGGUGACAGCAGGGUACGAUGGCAAGUGGAUUUGGGCUAAAUCAGUGCUGCCAUCAGAUUGGAAAAUGGGGGUGAUUUAUGAUACUGGAGUUCAAAUCACUGACAUUGCUCAAGAGGGUUGUUCCCCAUGUGAUGAUGGAAGUUGGAAAACUUAAUUAGUUUUUUUUUUCUCUUCUUCUUAACUGUAACAAUUCGUGUGAAUACACACACACAGAGAA